GCCGUCGAAGUAAAACCCUGCUGGGCCUCGGCUCGCGUCCACGGAAUCCGAGUCUGCGCCAUGCUUUGCAGAGGCGUGUCCUGGCUUACACGCUCUUAUUUAGUACAUAGAGGCGGCUUUACUCGUCCACGGUCUUUCGCGGUGGAACGUGCGCGUGCGAGAGCGAAAAGUUUACUCCGGAGAAAGCGAGGAGAGACCGAGAAGCAGAAGGGAAAACGGGCAGCGAAGUAGAGGAAGAGAUCGCUGCCGUGAGAUCGAGCCGAACGUCGGGCCGAAUCCGCGCGAAAUCGCGAGAGAAAAGAAGCGAGAGAAACAGAGAGAAAGAGAGAGAGAGAGAGAGAGAGAGAGAGAGAGAGAGAGAGAGAAAGAGAGAAAGAGAGAAAGAGAGAGAGAGAGAGAAGGAGAACGGCAUUAGGAAGAGCAAGAUUCCGUUGGAAAAUGUAACGACUCCGCGGAACCUUCUUGCGAGGAGGGAAGACAAGAGGAAAGAAACGGCGCGGAAAAAGGAAAGGGUGGAGAAGGUGAGGCGGCCAACGACGACGACGACGACGACGACGACGGCGGCGGUGGUGGCGGCGGUGGUGGUGGUGGUGGUGGUGGUGGUGGCGACGGCGGCGGCUGCGAUUUUCUAAUCCAAACGAGGAGAAGGACGAAGCUCUCUCGCCUUCGCUCGGCCGUGUGUAUUCCCGGUGGACCAAGUCGAGGGAAGUUCAUGGCGUGAGAGGCGCGUCAUCAUUCGCGGAGACUCGCCCGUACUCUUCUUCUCUGGCAGCGUGAAGCCCGUAGGCGGCAGCGGCGGAAGUCAGGAUGCACGCGGUUGGAUUGCACUCGGCGCUGGCCAUCAAGCGUCAGAGAAAGCGCCGGGAUGAGCAGCGUCGCGCUCGCGAGCGUCGUUAUAGUGCGCAAUCAGGCGAAAGCGGCCUGACGUCGCCUAGGGCCUCAACCGGAUCGCUGGACCAUCAUGGCAGGCAUCACAAGGGCCCGCACGCCGCCCGCAAUGCCGGCCAAGGUAUGCUCGACACGAAGGUGGUCACCUCCAUCGGGAUGCUGCACAUCGGGGUAGUGUUCCUGGUGCUGGGCGCCUUCCUGCUGAUGAGCGGUCUGCUGCCGGGCGACCUGGCGCACUGGGGCACUAAGGCCACCGGCGGCUGGUGGAACGAGCUGGUGGCGGUCGGCCUGUUCGCCAUCUUCAUUGGCAUCUUCCUCAUCAUUCUGAACCGCGUGAUCGCCAAGAAGGAGGAGGACGAUCUCGAGGAGUACGUGCAACGUCAGCUUACCAGAUCCAAGUCCGGCCACAGGCUCGAGAGGGACGUGGAGACCGGCGGCCUCACCACUCGGCACGCCAGACGGGCGAAGCAAAUGAAGCAGGUGUCGUCCGACGUCUGCCUGGAGAUCCAGGACGAUAAGACGGCUGGCUCGCCGCCGAGGAGCCCGCCGCCGGCGUAUUCGCCGCAGGUCGCAGCGAUCAACGGUAACGACAAUCAGGCGGUGCAGUCGGCGUUGUAUCUGGAGCAGAUCACCGAGGAGGAGAUCAUCAGCGACCGCGUCGAAACCUCGACCACUAACAGCCUCAGCCCGGGCUCGCCCAGCGAGACCAGGGAGUUGCUUCAGAAUGUGCGCUACUCCAAACAGAAUGGCAAUCCGCAGCAGGUGCACCGUUCGCUCUACGUGUCGAAGAUUUAAGGACUGUGCGAGCGAGACAAGGCUGAAAAAGGAGGACGCGGAAACGGCGGAAUCGGCCGAUCAAUCGGGAUCACCAAUCGCGGCACGCAGCUCGCGAAUCAAGCGCGUGCCGCAUCGGGGGAGAUCUUUUUAUUCGGGAUUAUAUUAUUAGGCGUCUCUCGCUCUCUCUCUCUCUCUCUCUCUCUCUCUUUCUCUUUUUCUCUCCCGGUGAACGGUGAACUGUCGGGAAUGAAAUUCCGGUCAAUCGCGCAUCAAAUAGAGCUGAGUUGAGAGCUGACGCGCAAAAGAGAGGCACCUUGUCGAUGAAAUAGCGAAGCGCGAGACUAAUCGGCGUUGGAGUCGCGGAGAAAAGCGGAAAAAACAGCGGAUGCGCGCGAGAUGACGCGGAAAUGAUUCACCGGCGAAUUGCGAAUGGGCUCUCGACGGAUUGAAGGCGCCGGCAACUUCCACGCCCGCGUGCACCCGCUGCACGUAAAUAAUCGAGAAAUAAUCGACGAGCAUCGCCGGGGAUGUCCCGUUCCUUCCGAAAGAGCCGAGGGGGAACAUGCUCCUCCCUGUCUGUCUUUUGAUUUUGAUCCGCUACGAAGUUUGCGGGCGACGAGGAGCUCGAUACAAUCGCGAGUAGAACAAAGUUUCGGGCGCGUACGUGAAGCAAGAAGAAGAAAAAGAAGAUGAAGAAGAAGAAGAAGAAGAAGAAGAAGAAGAAUCGCACUCAAGGACCAAGACCAUUAUCCAAAGAGAUCAUAUCGUGGCAGAAGACGACGACGACGACGACGACGACGACGACGACGACGGUGGUUCUGCGAAGCGCAGCUGCUGUUAAUGCAUUCCAUAGUGGGAACUACUCGUAAAAAUAACUCAUUGAAUAAUCCUUUAUACCUAAAAAUCGAUUAUAUACACAUAUAUAUAUAUAUAUAUAUAGGCUUACGAUACGACGAAUCGCGGUAGACCCGCGCGCGAACGCGCGUUUAGUCCUUUCGUACUGCUGCUCGUCUAUACUCAACUUGUUUUUACAAACGUUCCGGGGCGACGACGUGCGAAACACGUCGCGCCACCGCUUUCUCUUGUAUUAACAGUCUGAAAUUAAUUCAACGUUAAUCCGAAAUUAUAGAACCAAUCGGUCGAACCUUCUCGGUUCAUUCGCCGACGCCGCCGACGCGGGCGCUGCGAUAUUUGUAGGUUGUCUAGGUUCUCUGAUCUCAUUGGUGAUUAUUACCUGUUUAAUCCAAUUAUUACUUGUUAUCUUAAUCCUUUAGCGUGUCACACGUACAAUUGCGUUGAAAUGGAGGGAUUGAUACUAAUGUCUCUAAAUCGAGGGUCCUUGGAAGAAAAAUGACCGGAUGACAUUCGAUUAUACGAUGACAUUCCAAGAUCUGAUUUCGAUAUAUUCCAGCUCUAAUGUUUUAACUUUGAAAAUGUAAUGGAUAUCUAUACACAUACGCUAAGGCACACACAAAUUCACACACACACACACACACACACACACAGCACCCAAACACCAUGAUACACCAUGGAAGAAUUCCGGCUAUUCGUCCAAUGACUGUUGGCGCAGUAUUGUUAAGCUAGUCGAUACUUUUAAUAUGCUAUAUUCCUUUUUAUAAUAUAUUAAGCAUUUAUUUACAUACACACUAUAUAUAUACAUAAAUAUAUAUAUAUACAUAAAAAUAUACAUAUAUAGCUUUAGUCGGCGAGAUCUUCGAGAACGAAUGGCGUCGACUCGCGCCGAUUCCGGUUUACAUUUCGGCGACGACGACGACGUUAUUAACUCGCAGGCGGCAGAACGCGCGGCUCGUCCCGUUCGUUUCCGGACAUCCUUAAUGAAAUAUUGCUAUGCUCGGGCGCUACUAUUCUGUGAUCCUAAUAAAAAGAAAAUUAAUCGUCUUAUAUACUAAAUAAAUCGCAUUGAGAAUCGUUCUUUCGACGGGGAAGAAGUGUGGUACUCUGUAUAUAUAUAUAAUUAUACACCAUUAUACAUGCUGUUUUCUCAUCACCAUCGCGGGCAUUGUCCAAUCGUCGACGGAGUGUCCCCACCAUUUGAUUGUACGUGGUUGCAAAUUUUUUAUCUCUUUUGCAAAAUUCGCGAGAAUGAGUCUGCGUAAGCGAGGAGGGGAGGGGGAGAGAAAGAGAGAGAGAGAGAGAGAGAGAGAGAGAGAGAGAGAGAGAGAGAGAGAGAGAGAGAGAGAGAGAAGAAAGUGGAGAGCGAAAGACACGGAAGAAAAUCAGACAGGGGAGAGUCAGACGCGGAUAGGAAGGGCGAAAUUCAUCGCGAUUGAAUCAGAGCCGGGUCGUCGAAUCGUAGGCGUGGAAUUGACGAGCAUUCGACACCAAGACGAGUAUCAGUCGGCUAUCGAUCCGGUGGAAUCUCACCUGAGCAAUUCUCCCAAGAGAGAAAGAGCCCACCUCCUUUUCUCCUCUCCUCUCCGAACGAGCCAUUUCGAAAGGGAUAUCUCGAGUCUCGCGAGUCCUCGCGACGCGAAGUUGGCGAGCCCUGCCGUUAGGGUGGUCCAAGAUUAGAUUAAGGUGCGGGUCCUGUUCCCCGUCGACGGCGUGACGACGAGACGUGAAGGACGCCGGGCCGGCGCGCGGAAGAGGGCCAAACAAGUUUACUUUAAGCGACAUUAAGUGAUGCGCAAUUACGAGCAGUGGCAAGAGCCGGCGGAUCCGGACGGGUGUCUCGCGGCCGGCUCUGGAUUGAACGUUGCGCAAAAGUGCCUUUUGUUGUCGAGCGUUUCGUAUCUUUCGUCAUUUGCCGGGCACGCCGACACGACGGUUGGAUCAUCGUCUUUCCGCUUCCUUUGUACCUUCGCGCGAGCCGAGGAUCUCACAAGUUUGCUUCUAGUCUCGAGUGUCUGUGGUUACGAGAGUGUUCUCUCUCUCUCUCUCUCUCUCUCUCUCUCUCUCUCUCUCUCUCUCUCUCUCUCUCUUUCCUUUUGUUAUCGGGACGAUGUGUUUUUCGUUUCACGCUUGCUCGUCCGUCGGUUCAUUCACUUGUUUGUUCAUUCUUCCGUUCGUUUCCUCGACUGAAAGGCUGAAAUCGCAACUAAUUUUACCUAUACAUACAUACAUACAUACAUAUACAAGUAUAUAGCGCGUAAGUUUCUCGCAUUAAUCUUAAGAGACGGAGCAUACACCUUCUCAAGCUAGAAACUAACUACUCUAUGUACUAUCUCUCGAUCGUAAUUUUGUUGUUUACUAUAUUAGAUUUACCAAGCACAAUUCAUUUUUCGAGGGACGCGUCUGUAUUACAUCGGCAGAUAUACCUGCGCCCCAGGUACGCGAGACGUCCUCAAAUAAGUGGUACAAUUACUCCAAGUAGCGUCGCGCUCGGUGCACAAUGUUUUUAUCUCAGUCGCCAACUUUUCCGAUUUAAGUAGAGUUACAAUUGAUUAGAAAAAAAAAAGAAGAGAGACAGAUUUUCAUCUUUGGAAGAGCAAGUUGGCGCGCGAGAGAAGAGAUCUCGUCUAGAGAAUUAUUUUACUAUCGUGUUCGUUUCGCGCUCUAUUUCUCGAACUACGUCCAAUUGUCGGUUCGUUCGCACGACCCGCACAAUUGACUCGCUUCGUUAUCAGCUAAUCAGCUAAUCACAGCGGCGAUUAACAC